CUCUUACUUCUUCUUCUUCCAAUUAACUCUCUUUCUUCCUUUUUCUCUCUGAUCAAAGAUCCAAUUCAAUCAAUUAUCUUUUCCGCUCUUUCACGCGUCAGGAGAGGAAAAAGAGGAAAAAAAAGUUUGAUUUUCUUUCAUUUUCCGAGGAACCAAACUCCACAUUCUCCUCGUCUUUGCACCACCUGAAGGAAAAAGUUUGCGUUUUUUCUUUAGUUCAGACUAUUUCAUUGUUCUUAUACUUUUAAAACCAGUUUUCUUUUUUUUCUUUCUUAAAUGAUUCUGUUUCUGGCUAUAUUGGAUUAAGAUUAGGAAGGUAAAACGGCCAUGACCGUUGAAACGGCUGACCGGAAAGAAACCAUCGUGAAGGUUGAUGAUGGAAGCAACAAAGGCAGUAUUGCUGCUGCUUCGGAUAUCGUCAGUGGUGGUGGAGGUAAGUUUUGGAGAGAAUCAAGCUAUGAUUUUUUGCAAGACAGUGGGAAAAUCAGCAGCGACUGGAAGAAAGAGAUUGUUGACAUGAACAGCAGUAGCAGUGGUAGUAGUAGUAAUAGAAGUGAAGGUUUUGAUUUCAUGCAAAGCAAACAAGGUGCCAUGGAAGAUCCACCAUCGAAGUUGAUUGGUCAGUUCUUGCAUAAGCAAAAAGCUUCAGGUGAGAUUUCCUUGGAUAUGGAUUUGGAAAUGGAUGAACUUCAACAACAACCACCCGAUCACGGCGGUUCAUUGCCUACAGUUGCUGAAUCACCUUCCCCUUCAGCAACUACCUUUCCAAGAGUGUCCUUUGAAAACAACCCUUUAAGAAGAAGACAAAGUAAAGGGUCACAAUUGAAAGAAGAGAGUGAUGGGGUUGUAAAGUGCAGUUCAAAUUCAUCAUUUACAAGAAGUGAAGGUGGUUCUUUUAAGAGAAAGUCAAACUUGUUAGUCACCAAGACAAAGUCCAGGUUGAUAGACCCUCCUACACCUGAAAAAGGUGAGCCAAGGUCAGCUAGAGCUGGCACUGGGAAGUCAGGAAGGAGAUCUGGGUUUCUAGGGAAAACCAUGGAAGAAGAAGAGGAUGAUCCAUGGCUUGAAGAGGAUUUGCCUGAUGAGUAUAAGAAAGAUAAGUUAAGUAUUUGGGUUUUGCUUGAAUGGUUAAGUUUGAUUGUGAUUAUUGCUUGUUUAAUUUGUAGUCUUACAAUUCAUUAUUUAAGAGAGAAACGUUUAUGGGAUCUUAUGUUAUGGAAAUGGGAAGUUUUGGUUUUAGUUUUAAUAUGUGGUAGAUUAGUUUCAGGGUGGAUUAUAAGGAUAGUUGUGUUUUUCAUUGAGAGGAAUUUUCUUUUGAGAAAAAGAGUAUUGUAUUUUGUAUAUGGAGUGAGGAAAGCUGUUCAGAAUUGUUUAUGGCUGGGACUGGUUUUGAUUGCUUGGCAUUACUUGCUUGAUAAGAAAGUUCAGAGGGAAACUAAGAGUAAAUUUCUUAAAUAUGUGACUAGAGUUUUGGUUUGUCUUGUGGUUGGCGUAAUGUUGUGGUUAGUGAAGACCCUUUUGGUGAAGGUUUUGGCAUCUUCUUUUCAUGUUAGUACUUAUUUUGAUAGAAUCCAGGAGUCAUUGUUCAAUCAAUAUGUAAUCGAGUCUCUUUCUGGUCCGCCGUUUAUCGAAAUUCAAAGAGCAGAGGAGGAGGAGGAGAGGCUUGCGAAGGAAGUUAUGAACCUACAAAAUGCUGGUGCUAAGGUUCCUCCAGGGCUCAAGCCGUCCACCACUUCGUCACCCCUUUCUGCGAGAACGAUAGGGAGUGGACGGAUCCUUAAAAGUCCUCGAGGAAAAAGUCCAAGGCUUUCGCGUGUGCUUUCUUCCGAGAAGGGAGAGAAGGAUGAUAUGGGGAUAACAAUUGACCGUUUGCACAAAUUGAAUCAUAAAAAUGUCUCUGCUUGGAACAUGAAAAGGUUGAUGAAUAUAGUCCGCCAUGGAGCUCUUUCCACUUUAGAUGAGCAAAUACAAGAUUCGACUCAUGACGAUGAAGCUGGAACAAACAUUAGUAAUGAACGUGAGGCGAAAGUUGCAGCAAGAAAAAUCUUCCAGAAUGUUGCUAAGCCGGGAUCCAAGUUUAUCUACUUGGAGGACAUCGGACGUUUUCUUCAAGAAGAUGAGGCUUUGAAGACUAUGAGUCUCUUUGAAGAUGCACUUGAAAGCAGGAGAAUUAGCAAGAAAUCCCUCAAGAAUUGGGUGGUCAAUGCUUUUAGAGAACGAAGGGCACUUGCCUUCACGUUGAAUGAUACUAAAACGGCAGUCAACAGACUUCAUCAUAUUGUGGAUAUCAUAGUUGGCAUCAUCAUUGUGGUUAUUUGGCUCCUCAUACUCGAAAUUGCCACCAGCAAAGUUCUUGUUUUCAUUAGCUCUCAACUGCUUGUUGUUGCAUUCGUAUUCGGAAACACCUGCAAGACGGUAUUCGAAGCCAUUAUAUUCUUGUUCGUUAUGCACCCAUUUGAUGUAGGGGACAGGUGUGAAAUUGAUGGAAUUCAGAUGGUUGUGGAGGAAAUGAACAUCUUAACUACGAUUUUCCUAAGAUAUGACAACCAGAAGAUCAUGAUCCCGAACAGUGUCCUGGCUACGAAGGCAAUACAUAACUAUUACCGUAGCCCGGAUAUGGGUGAUGCAGUUGAAUUCUGUAUCCACGUAAAAACUCCUGCAGAUAAGAUUGGUCUGAUGAAGCAGAGGAUAUUGAGUUACAUCGAGCACAAGAGCGACCACUGGUGUCCAACUCCAAUGGUAAUAUUCAAGGAACUCGAAGAGUUGAAUAGAGUAAGGAUAGCAAUAUGGCUCCAACAUAAAAUGAACCACCAAGACAUGGGAGAGAGGUGGGCAAGAAGAGCUCUCUUGGUCGAAGAGAUGGUUAAGAUUUUCAACGACUUAGAUAUUAAAUAUCGCUUAUAUCCCAUCGACAUCAACGUCUGUAGCAUGCCUACCGUGACAUCCGACCACCUUCCUCCUAACUGGACAGUACCUAACAGCUAAACAAGGUAACAAGCAAAAAUUACAGAACCCCAUCAUAUCCAGUACAGUUUCGAAGUUACGAGUAGAUUUUCCAGCCCUGUAAAGGUUUUUUUGUGGAUGGUUUUAACCUAGAGAGAGAUAAAUAUUUUUCAACUAUUUUGGUAGAUUGAACCAAAUCUGCUUUGCUUGAUGAUUGUAUAGUUUAAGAAUCAAUAAUUUCAUGUUUUUUGUUAUCAUGCUGCAUUACAAUUAUAAUCAAUUACAAGAGGGUUCCUGUAAUUAAGAGUAUCAAAUUUUUAUUCUAUUGCCAGCUAAAGUAGUCUCAA